CGGAGGGCGAGAGAGCCCGAGAAACGCAGACAUCCGCGUGCGCGUGUUCCCGUUCCCCUUCCUCUCUCCCUUUGGCUUCCUGCUCCUCCCCGCAACAAAUCUUGGUCGCCUCGCCGGCGGCACAAGCGACCUCCCCGGCGGCAGCGAUGGGGGACCACGAGGCUCGCGGGGACGACAUGGAGAAGAAGGCGGAGAAGAAGCUCUCCGGCUGGGGACUCUUCAGCUCCAAGUACGAGGACGCCGCCGACCUCUACGACAAGGCCGCCAACUUCUUCAAGCUCUCAAAGAACUGGAAUAGAGCUGCAUCCGUGUACACCAAGAUUGCUAACUGUCAUAUGAAGGGUGAUAGCAAGCAUGAAGCUGCCUCAGCUUAUGUGGAGGCUGCAAAUUGUUACAAAAAGUUCUCACCUCAAGAAGCUGCGCAAGCGUUAGACCAGGCUGUUAAUCUUUUUUUGGAAAUCGGUAGACUGAACAUGGCUGCAAGAUACUGCAAGGACAUUGGUGAGAUAUAUCAGCAAGAACAAGAUUUAGAGAAGGCUUCAGAUUAUAUGGAAAGGGCUGCCGAUCUUUUUGACAGUGAGGGGCAGACAUCUCAAUCAAACACCAUCAAGCAGAAAGUUGCAGAAAUUGCAGCUCAGUUGGAACAGUACCCAAAGGCAACUGAGAUUUUUGAAGCAAUUGCUCGUCAAUCAAUCAAUAACAAUCUUCUGAAGUAUAGUGUCAGAGGCAUCCUCCUUAAUGCAGGCAUUUGCCAACUUUGUAGAGCUGAUCCUGUUGCUAUACAAAAUUCAUUAGAGCGAUACCAGGAAAUUGAUCCGACUUUCUCAGGAACUCGUGAAUACAAACUUUUAGCUGAUCUUGCUGCAUCAAUGGACGAGGGAGAUGUUACCAAAUUUACUGAUGCCAUCAAGGACUUUGAUGGCAUGACACGUCUGGAUCCUUGGAAAACGACACUGCUGCUGAGGGCAAAGAAUGAGCUGAAGAAACAGGAGGAGGAUGAGGAUGACCUAACCUAAGCCUAGUUGUAAGAAUCGUUUCAUUAUUCAAUAUGGUUUGAUUUAUGCCUCUGUUUAUGUUGGAGGUCCAUAUAAUGGGCAUGAUGAGAUUGACCGUUUGGUUGUAUAGAAUUUCAGUUCCAAAUACCAUGUUGGCUGUCAUGUAUUGUGUUCUGUCACCACUUAGUUUGCCGUCCGAAAGCAAAUUAAGACCAUACGCUUGUUGCUGGUAUCCUUGUGUAUCAUGUACUGUUUCAGUCCUUCGAGAAUUGAGACUUUCUUUGUUUCAA